ACUCCUUCUCGUCAUCACUUGUCCAGGCAGCGCCGUCUGUGGUGGUUGUUAAGUUUUCUCCUCCGGUUUACUUGAUCAAAACAGACAAUAAUCACGUGAUGCGAGUUCUCUUCCAUGUGGCGGUGCUCGGCUGUGUUGUGGCCAGCGCCGCAGCGCAGUUCAGUUGGAUCAACAAUGUGAUCGAUGGAGUGGCUUCCAUCUUCCAAACAUACGAAGAAGCACCGCACACGGUGGUUCGAACAUUUCAAGCAGGUUUUGAGGAGCGUCAGUACCCCGCCCGCAAGUGGGUGUGCACUGACCACGUGGCUCCUCGAGGUGACUCCUCCAUGUCCGACCCUUUCUUCAAGCUCUUCCGCUACAUCAGCGGAGCUAAUGCUGCUGAGCUGAAGAUCGACAUGACCGUGCCGGUGACAUCCAAGAAGAGGCCUCAAGGAACGAACUCUGUGGUCACUACGAUGUGCUUCUUCAUCGGGGAGUCGCACCAAGCCAGCGUGCCUGCUCCCACCGAAGCCGAAGUCUACAUCGAAAACCGCCCUCAGAUCACCAUAUUUACCAGGCGUAUCGGAGGAUGGCCUGACGAUGCAGACUACGCUCGUGAAAGUCAGACUCUGCGAGCCAUGGUACAAGCAGAAGGCAUCGCAGUCCUGCCUGACGACCAAUACUAUACUGGCUACAACUCCCCCAUGGACUUCUGGAACCGUCGCAAUGAACUGUGGUUGAUCAAAGCUUAGCGGGGCUGAAGGAUGUCUCGAGCGCCUACAUGGAGCUGGUCAUAUGGAACACCAAACUGUGUGGUUGAGAUGUGUAUCCGGUGACCAACAGCGGCAUUUUUAAUAUUCAUAGUCCUAGAUUAUUGAGAAUUUCAAUAAAUUUCUGUUUUCAUUAAUGAAUCAGCUUUUUAUUCACUUGUUGAGUACGGGAAUAGGAUAAAACGUGACCAUCGUUUUGGCAUAACAAAAAUAUCCAUUGUGAAACAAUAUAUGAAACACGUUCAAACAUUUCUACGCUAGUGAAAAAGUCUUGCUUCCUUCCGAGCCACGAAAAAUGUCAUGCACUAAGUUUAUAAAAUUAAUAUUCACAGUCAAUGCACUGAAUGAUCCUUCUAUUCCUUUUUAUCUCAUGUUUUUUUGGCAAAAUAGAAAUUAUUCAGGUCAGAAUAAUUAAUACUGCUUGACAGAAUUCCGUGUUCCAUGUUCAACCUAUGUCUAAAAGAAUUAAAAGAAACAUAAAGCGACUAAUUACUUACAUGGUGGCUUCUGCGAAUUUCAAAUGCGAUUGAUUAAUAUUUAUUUCAUAGCCAAUUGUUACUCACGUGCUGCUGAUACUAGGCCAAUAAAUGGCAGAGGGUCGGUGCUGUCCAGCUUUUAUUUCGAACAUGUGAAAACGCAAGCACAAUGUAACGAAUAUCUGACGUUUGAUAUCAAUAGAACGAAUUCAGGCUCCAAUUUGCUCAGAACUCAAAAAGACUCCGGCUCAUAGACACACUUCAUACGGCGCUCUUAAGUUCGCUGUUUGCGAAGCACUUCAGUUCCUUCGCUGUUACUGGAACACUUUUUUGAGUGGCUACUCCUAUUAACUGAGUACAUCUCACAGUCGAUGUCUUUGCUUUUCAAUUACUUGAAGCUUUUGGAGCUUUACAGAGUGCACCACCACGCCUAUCUGAAGAAGACUCUUGAUGAGGAUCACUUAAAUUUGCGUUAAAUGGAGAUACUGGAGAAUAACAUUUUGAACCGUAGUUUGGACCAAUUUCGUGUUGAAUCUAGAUUGCGGAGAAUAAAAAUUAAUGGUUUAGUUUGAUCACUAAAUUUAGAUAGUUGUGAACCAAUCAAAAUGUUUUCCUUAUCAUAUGCUCUGAAGUAUUCCACAAAGUUGUACGUUCAGAAUUUUCAUUUGCUGGUAACUUGAGAUGUCGCAUUUCCUGUCAUAACCGUUAGUUUUUCUUUGUGGGUAAACACGCUGGCUAAUUCAA